AUGGGUCUUACCUUCUCGAAGAUUUUCGAUAAGCUAUGGGGUAGAAAAGAGAUGCGAAUUCUGAUGGUCGGUCUCGAUGCCGCCGGUAAAACCACCAUCCUGUACAAGUUGAAGUUGGGUGAAAUCGUCACCACCAUCCCCACAAUCGGUUUCAACGUCGAGACCGUCGAGUACAAGAACAUUCAGUUUACCGUGUGGGAUGUCGGUGGUCAGGACAAGAUCCGUCCUCUCUGGAGACAUUACUUCCAGAACACUCAGGGUAUCAUUUUCGUCGUCGACAGCAACGAUCGCGACCGUAUUGUCGAGGCCCGGGAAGAGUUGCAGCGCAUGCUGAACGAGGAUGAGCUCCGUGACGCUCUUCUGCUCGUUUUCGCCAACAAGCAAGAUUUGCCCAACGCCAUGAGCCCUGCCGAAAUCACCCAGCAGCUUGGUCUGCAGAGCCUCACCCGCCGUGGCUGGUUCAUCCAAUCCACAUGCGCCACCACCGGUGACGGUCUGUACGAGGGUCUCGAAUGGCUCGCCGACACCCUGCGGAAAACAAACCGCGACUAA